CUUGCGCGCCAGGGGGCAGCGGCGGCGGCGACGACGACGACGGGAUGGAGGCCGUGCCCCGCAUGCCCAUGAUCUGGCUGGACCUCAAGGAGGCCGGCGAGUUCGGCUUCCACCAGGCCGUCAAGAAGUUUGUCCUGAAGAACUACGGAGAGAAUCCAGAAGAUUACAGUGAUGAGCUGAAGAAGCUUGAGCAGCUCAGGCAGAAUGCCGUGAACGUGCCCAGGGACUUUGAAGGGUGCAGCAUUUUGCGCAAAUACUUGGGGCAGCUUCACUACCUGCAGAGCCGCAUUCCGAUGGGAGCCGAGCAAGAGGCAGCGGUCCCCAUCACCUGGACAGAGAUCUUCUCUGGCAAGGCAGUUACGCACGAGGACGUCAAGUAUGAGCAGGCCUGCAUCCUCUACAACCUGGGUGCCUUGCACUCCAUGCUCGGGGCCAUGGACAAACGAGUCUCCGAGGAGGGCAUGAAGGUCUCCUGCACCCACUUCCAGUGUGCAGCAGGCGCGUUCACUUACCUUCGGGACCACUUUCCUCAUUCCUACAGCGUGGACAUGAGUCACCAAAUCCUGAAUCUGAACAUCAACCUCAUGCUGGGCCAAGCUCAGGAGUGUCUCCUGGAGAAGUCCAUGCUGGACAACCGGAAGAGCUUCCUCGUGGCCAGGAUCAGUGCCCAGGUGGUGGAUUACUACAAAGAGGCGUGCCGGGCUUUGGAGAACUCAGACACCGCCUCCCUGCUGGGAAAAAUCCAGAAGGACUGGAAGAAGCUGGUGCAGAUGAAGAUCUACUACUUUGCUGCUGUGGCCCAUCUGCACAUGGGAAAACAGGCUGAGGAGCAGCAGAAGUACGGGGAGAGGGUCAUCUAUUUCCAGAGCGCCCUGGAUAAGCUCAACGAAGCCAUUAAGCUGGCCAAGGGCCAGCCAGAAACAGUGCAGGAAGCACUGAGGUUCACCAUGGAUGUCAUUGGAGGAAAGUACAAUUCUGCCAAGAAGGACAACGACUUUAUCUACCAUGAAGCCGUCCCUGCUCUGGAUACCUUGCAGUCAAUUAAAGGUGCCCCGCUGGUGAAGGCUCUUCCCGUCAACCCCACCGAUCCGGCUGUGACAGGCCCGGAUAUUUUUGCCAAACUGGUCCCAAUGGCCGCCCAUGAGGCCUCGUCGCUCUACAGUGAAGAGAAAGCUAAGCUGCUGAGAGAAGUGAUGGCCAAGAUUGAUGCCAAGAAUGAGACCCUGGAACAGUUCAUGGACUCUCUGCAGCUGGACCCCGAGACAGUUGACAACUUGGACAUGUACAACCACAUUCCACCCCUCUUGAUGGAGAAAUGUGCAGCCCUUAGCGUACGCCCAGAGACAGUGAAGAACCUUGUCCAGUCCAUGCAAGUACUUUCUGGAGUUUUUACGGACGUGGAAGCAUCUCUGAAGGAGAUCAAAGACCUGCUUGAUGAAGAUGAGUCUCAGGAGCAGAAGCUGCGAGAGAUGUUGGGGAAGCUGCCCCCGCAGCAGGGAUCCCCACUUUCCUCUGCUGCUGGGGUCGCGGAAGUGGCCAAGGAGUGGGCCAAGUACAUGGAGGUGCACGAGAAGGCGAGCUUCACCAACACCGAACUGCACAAGGCUAUGAAUCUGCACAUCAUCAACCUGAGGCUGCUCAGCGGGCCCCUGGAGCAGGUCAAGGCAGCCUUGCCCACACCCAGCCUCUCUGAAGAGGACAAGCAAGGGAUGCAGAACGUGAAGCGCAUGUUGGCCAAGGUGCAGGAAAUGAAGGACCAGCGGAUGUCCCUGGAGCAGCAGCUGCGCGAGAUGAUCCAGAAGGAUGACCUCACCACCUCUCUGGUGACCACAGACCAGUCCGAGAUGAAGAAACUCUUUGAAGAGCAGCUGAGGAAGUAUGACCAGAUCAAAGUCUACUUGGAGCAGAACUUGGCUGCCCAGGAGAACAUCCUCAAAGCUCUGACUGAUGCCAACGUCAAGUAUGCUGCCGUACGCAAAACCCUGGCCGAGGUGGAGCACAAGUGGAACACGACCCUGCAGACCCUGGUGGCUUCUUACGAGGCCUACGAGGACCUGAUGAAGAAGUCACAGGAGGGGAAAGAGUUUUAUGCCGACUUGGAGAGCAAAGUGGCGAAACUUCUGGAGAAGGCCCAGGCUGCCUGCAAAGCAGCUGAAGGGAGCCGGCAGCAGAUUUUGGAGAAGGAGACGAAGAGGAAGCCUCCCCCCCGGCCGACCACCCCCAAGCCAGCCCUCCAGAAGAAACCCGCAGAUGCAGAGCUGGCCUGUGAGCCGUCGGCCCUGGCCUCCCUCUCCCUGGCCGACCUGCCGGAGGAGCUGCGCAGCCUGCCGCCAGAGGUCCUGGCGGCUCACCUGGCGCAGCUGCCCGCAGACGCCCUGGCCGCACUCCGGGUGGAGCCGGCCUCAGCCUGUGCCGGGCUCAGGGGGCCUGCAGGCGAGGCCUUUGGGGGAGCUGGUCAGCUCCGGCCCCACUUUGACCCAGGGCAGUUCCCGGGAACUGGCCCUCUUCCCCGGCCCUACCAGCCAGCCAGGAUCCCCCCCGGCUCUGGACAGGCCCCUUUCCCUGUCCUGGCUCCUAGGAGCUCUGCGGCCUCUGGCCUGCCCCACCCACAGGUCUACCCCCCGGGGGCUGCUGCUCAACACCCAGUCCUUGCCCCGCACCAGCCAGCCUACCCCGGGGCCCCCCGGCCACCCCCAAGGACAUCUCCCCAGCACAUGCCGAUGCCCCGGUCCGCCCCAGGGGCCGUUUAUGGGGUGGGGCCACUGGCUCCUCCCAGUGGGGUGCUGCCAGCGGGCCAACACACCCCUCUCACGGUGAGGCCUCCUGCCCCGGCCCCAAGCCACUUUGCGCCCCCCCACUUUCCCCCGCACACGCAGGGAGUCCGGCCCGCCACCACCACCGUGGACAGCAUCCAGGCCCCCAUCUCCAGCUGCACGGCUCCCCAGGGGAUGACUGGCUCCCUCCCCCAGUGGGCGGGGCCUCCUUCCCAAGGUGGCUUCGUGGGGGGCCCGCAGGGGUCAGCCCCCUUCCCAUUUGCCUACGUCCCGGCAGGCGGAGCUCCCUUCCUGCAGUCGGGGCCGGCCCCUUUCUCAGCCUCUCAGCCCCAGCCAGGCUUCCCACCCCAGGGGCCACUCCAGCCACCCCCUGAUCGCCCGGCUUGUCUGCAGACUGUGGCAGCUAUGCUGCCCCCCCAGCAGCAGCAGCAGCAGCAGCUGCCCCCCUUCCUUCCCCAGACCCAGCAACCACAGCCAGCGUUCCCCCAGCCUUAUCUGUCCCAGGCCCCGGGCCAACCGGUGCUCCCGAGCCCUGUGCCCACACAUGCUCCCAGCCAAGGGCAGCUCCCCCUCCAGCUGGGCCCCCGGCAUUAUCAGCUGCCCCCCCGUGACCCCCUGCCACCCCCCUCGGGCACCUUGGCCUUCCCCACCACCGCCCCUGGAGGCACGAUGGGCCCUGUUCAGCGGGUCCCCCUUCACCCUGGGCCUCCUGGCACACCGGCCCCAGUCGCCUUUGCUGCUGUUCCCCCUGCUUCGGCCCAGCUUCCUGGUGCCCCCGUGGGUCUGGCGGGCCCUCAGCCCUCUCCCGUGAGCCAGCCUCCCCUUCAUCACGUCCCUCCUGCCCCCAGCCCAGCUCUGAGCCAGGUCUCAGGCGGAGGGGUGGUUCCCCCGCCAGCCCCCUCUCCUCGCCCCUGCAUGACCCUCCCGGCCCCCUGUCUCUUGCCCUCCCAGCUCCCUCCCUCCUCCCUGGCUCCCGGAGCCACGCUGCUGCCCCAGGCCCCCUCUGAGGCCACCUUUCAGCGGCAGAGCUCCUCCCCCGACGACCUCCUGUCCUCCAGCCCCGAGAGCCAGCACGGGGGGGCCAAGGCCACGGUCGGCCAGCCGCUCCUGCAGCCCACCAAGGCCGACGCCAAGGAUGGGCUGAAGCCCAAGGCUGUGCGGCUAAUCGAGGACGACCCCUAUGAGAAGCCCGAGCGCCUCUGGCGCCUCCUGGCAGAUCUGGAGCGCUUCCAGGGCGUAGUGGCCCGCCUCGAGAAGGCCCCUCUGCCGGGCACGGUCAGCGAGCUGGACAGCAUCUGGAAGGAGCUCCAGGAGGCCCAGGAGAAGGACGCCCGGCAGCUCUCAAUCGCCAUCGCCCGCUGCUACUCCAUGAAGAACCGCCACCAGGACGUCAUGCCCUACGACAGGAACCGGGUCAUCUUGCAGUCAGGCAAGGACGACUACAUCAACGCCAGCCGGAUCGAGGACCUCUCCUCCUACUGCCCCACCAUCAUCGCCACCCAGGCCCCGCUGGUCGGCACGGCCUCGGACUUCUGGCUGAUGAUCCACGAGCAGAAGGUGUCGCUUGUUGUCAUGCUGGUCUCCGAGCAGGAGAUAGAGAAGCAAAAGGUGGUCCGUUACUUCCCCACGGAGCGGGGCCAGCCCAUGGUCCAUGGCCCCAUCACCCUGGUCCUCACCAGCCUCAAGGCCACCCCCACCCACCUGGAGAGGAUGAUCACCCUGCAGUUCCGGGAUCAGAGCCUGAAGCGGACGGUCAUCCACCUGCAGUUCUCCUCUUGGCCGGAGCUCGGCCUGCCAGACAGCAAAGGGGAUCUGCUCCACUUCAUCCAGGAGGUGCACAGCCACUACCUCCACCAGCGGCCCCUCCACACCCCCAUCGUGGUCCACUGCAGCUCCGGGGUGGGCCGCACCGGCGCCUUCUGCCUCUUGUACGCAGCCAUGCAGGAGCUGGAAGCUGGCAACAGCAUCCCGGACUUGGCUCAGCUGGUGAAGCGGAUCCGCCGGCAGAGGAAGCACAUGCUGCAGGAGAAGGUCCACCUCAAGUUCUGCUACGAGUCGGUCUUGAAGCACGCCAAGCAGGUGCUGCAGAGGCACGGGGUGACGGCCGCCUCCGCCGGCAAACCGGCCUGCAGCACUGCCCAGAAAUUGUAUGUCCAGCAGGAUCCACAAGACCUGGUGUUGGGGGGUGACGUCCCCAUCAGCUCCAUCCAGGCCACCAUCGCGAAGCUCAGCAUCCGGCCUCUCUCGGGAAGCGCCGAGCCUCCCCCCAAUGGGCGACCAUCAGAGCCCCCGCCCUCGGCUGCCCUGGUGGAUGCUGCCCUGCUCCCAGCACCUGCCUCUGCAGCUCCCCUCGUCUUUCCCGAGCCAGGCUGCGCAGAGGCUGCCCCCCCUUGUCCUCCGCCAGCCACGCCUGCCCCAGGGCCACCCGAGAUGGUGGGGCCUCCGCCUGUGGACCAUGGCAGCCCCGUGGAACAGGAGAGCAACAAGACGGGGGGCCUGCCGGGCCUGCCAGGGGGGGAGCCCUUGGCUUCCAUGCCAGCUCGGCCGCCGCCCCCCCCCUCCUCCUCCUCCUCCUCCCUGGAGCUCCUGGCGUCCCUGACUCCAGAGGCGUUCACCCUAGACAGCGCCCUCAAGGGCAGGCACAAGGUGAGCAAGCAGAGCUUCCUCCAGCCCCAGAACGGGGAGGGCCUGCGAGGAGCUCCCCCCAGCGAUGAUCCCCUCAGCCGGCUGGACCCCCUUUGGACACUCAACAAGGCCUGAGCGGAGGAAGAGUGGUGACAGCAGGCAGGCCGCAGCUGCCACCACCCCGUCCCCCCUCCUCCCGGGCCUGCCUUGUUGCAGGUGGGUGCCUGGGGAGGAUGGGUGGCGAUCGCACAGGCGGACCACCGCAGGAAGCCUGUGCUGCCCACAGCACCUCUGGAGCACCCUGCAGCACUUUCGGUUGGCCAAGCCCUUGUGGAGAUGCUAGACACACAGAACCGUUUCUGGCUGACUUUCCUUCCUGCCUCCUCUCAGCCACAGAAAGGGCUGCUGGCUGGGAUGAGGCCUGCUUCAGUUUGCCUCGAUGGCGGCACAGCAGGGCCAGGGCUGGAGCCAGGCUGCUGCGCCAGUCAGCCUCAUUCUGCCGGCGAAAAGGUUUCAGGGCUGUCCUCCUGUCUUGAGAGGGGCACAAGUUUGAGCCACUCCAGUCCUGUCUUGGGCCUCCUGGCAGCCACCUGCCCAGAGGAGCUCCUGCGAUGCCCGGGCACCCUGUGCUGCAGCCAAGGUGGAGGGCUGCUCCCGCCAUGAGCCUCCUCACCUGGAAUGAGCCAUUAAAGGCUGGGCUGGGACUGCCUCCACCGCUCGGCCCACUUGCCCCCCCUUGUGAAAGUCAGUAGGAUUUGAGACUGUGCAGUUGAUCCUGCCAAAUUGGGGGCGGUCCCAAGCUAACGGGUCCCGGGUGGGGAAGUGUGGGCCAAUACUCUGUUGGAUGUAGUGACCACAGAGUGGCCACCUGAUUGCGGAGUUCCUCCCCCGGGCUUCCUUAGAUGAGCCAAUUCAGCUUCCCAAAGGCUCCAUUUUGGCCCCCAGUAUCGCUCGGGAUGCCCCCCUCUUCUCCAGGAACGCCUGGGCCCUUGAUCCAGGGCCACGGGACACCCUGCCUGGGCCGGUUCGUCAGUUGCCCUCCAGUGGUGCUGCUGACCUGCUUGGGGUAGGGAAUGGAGGCCCAUUUUAACUCGGCAAGGGCUGUGGAAAACUGGUGCGCCCGGUGGGCUGCAGAAGCCCUUGGCAGCUGGUGUGGCCCCUGAGCAGAAAGGGGGGGCAUCUCCUGCAUGAGGGGGGCAGUGGGGCAACAGCCAUGGGGAGCUCAGCAGCAGCAGCGCAGAAAAGCAGCCUGAGACACUCGUCUUUCAUGCGGUCCCCGUUUGCGACAAGAGGGCCACCCUGAACUGGAAGGGCCGAAUUCUGUUGGCUUGUAUUUGCUGGAGGGGAAGGUCUUGAGAGAGGUUCUGGUUUAAUUUUUUUCCUUUUGUACAAAUGUAAUAUUUGCUUCCUGUUUAAAACGUCCUGUAUAACUUAGAACCAAACUUUUUCAGUUCUUUGCUACUAAGGUAAAUAAAUGGGGCAUUGGAGAUGA